AUGGCUGUACAAGGGUUGGGAGCUAUUGAUCAGCAAUACGAUGGAUCUGCACUGCGAAUCGGAAUCGUGCAUGCUCGCUGGAAUAAGGAGAUCAUUGACGCAUUAGUAGCUGGAGCUAUAAAGAAGCUCAAAGCAUUCAAUGUAAAAGAGGAGAACAUAAUUGUGCAAUCGGUCCCAGGAUCUUUUGAGUUGCCCUUCGCUUCAAGAAGUUUGCUGAAGGAUGAGAAUUUGAAACUAGAUGCGGUCAUUCCUAUUGGGGUUUUGAUCAAAGGUUCCACAAUGCAUUUCGAGUACAUUUGCGACUCCGUUACUCACGCUCUCAUGAGAGUCCAAGAGGAAACCCAUAAGCCUGUGAUAUUUGGAGUACUUACAUGUUUAACUGAAGAGCAGGCAAGAAAGAGGGCAGGUCUAGAUCCUGGAAUGCAUAACCAUGGAGAAGAUUGGGGAGCAGCAGCAGUGGAAAUGCCUUUAAAGUAUUCUCGUUAG